GCUAACUUCCCUGCCGAUAAGGAGUGGACGGGUGUGCGGACGGGUGUGUCACAUUAUGAACCGACCUGCUGUCGCUUUAGCCACAGUCAACGUGGUUUCAAAGGAAUCACACGACAAUGCCUUCACACAUUAUGAGGAUAAGAAUGUGGGCGUGGGUGGUGGUGUGGGCGUGUUCUGAGGCAGCAGCCAGUGUGUAUGUAUCGGAGAUACUGAGGGUGGGCGUGAAUGCUACAUUCUGUGAACACAUGGGAUCCACACUCUUCUGUAACUAUAAAACCACUGACAAGAUGGUUUUUAUGGAUGAAGAACUGGACACAUCAGUGCAGAAGGUGUUCGUGUAUAACGCUGUGAAGCUGCAGCUGAGUGAAACUGUGUGUGUCAGCGUUAUGUUCAACAACGUGGCCGAGGUGGUGGUGGUGAAGGGCGAGGGUGACCCUUGUGAACCUCACCGCGAGUUCUCCGCCAGACACUCGAACUUGGACAGAUUACCUAGCCGGGUGAGUCGUAUAUACAUGGAAGACAGCACCAUCACCACGCUGGCCACCACCGCCAACAUCAGUCAACUCAUCGUCAUCAACUCCGUCAUCAAGGUCUUCAACGUCUCCAGCCCUCUACAGCCAUGCGUCUCGGUGGACCUGGUCUCAUCAACACUCCAAACUCUCCAAAACCUGCAUGUGACAAAAGGUUCUGAUCUUCUGUUGCACAAAUCAUCUGUGGCUGUGGUAGCGUAUCACGGGUUAAUCAACGAAGGCAAUGUAGUUUUGAGAGAAUCGACGACGACGGCGUCAGAGGAAGACGGUGUCCUCAUGCUUCCUGGAGCUACACUGACCCUCAACACCUACUCUGGUAGCCUGAGAGUGAAGGCCGCGUCACUCGACUCCUACAGUGAACGGCAACUCAUGACCCAGUCUCCCUCUGUAACUUGUGAGUGUGAUCCGUUACCCAGUUACUUCAGAGCAUUUGUUGCGUGUCUUAUAUUACUGCUCCUUGCUUGCCUGGUGAUUAUAUUUUGCGGAAUAUACAUUUACAUGUUUACGGAUAAAAAAUCAGUUUUUUCCUUAAUAAUAUUUAAAAAUGCUGCGAAAAGUAUUGAUCUUUCAGAGAGAGAUUCAGAACUACCUCUUAUAGGUGGCCUAGUUGGUGGUGCUUCAACCCAAGUAACACCAGAGGAUAUAUCAUCUAAAAUAUUAGCAAACAUCUCUGAAAAGUGGCUAGAAAAAUUAGAUUCUCUAAACAUGGAAAUCUUAACAUCAUUGAAUAAAGAACAAUCGGAUUAUCGUGAGAAAAUUGAAUCGUUUCACAAAAAUAGAAAGAAAAGUAGAAAAGAAAUAGGUGAACCUGAGAGGAAGAAGAGAUAUAAAAAUGACGAAAAUAUAAAACCGAAUGAAAAGAAAAUUGCAGAAAGAAUCACAGAAGCCGAGAAAGGCCUAAAAUUGGCAAAGGAAGACUUCGAGAAAGUUGAAAAGCAGAUGCUAAAAACACGGAAAAUAUAGAAUUAAGACAGGAUCUUGAUCAAUACAUGGAUGAACAUGUCCAGAAAAUGUGCAACAUUGCAGGACAAGCAUUGGACCUCUGGAAACGUUCGCUUAAGUCUGAUUGGAGCUCAUUAUUUAUAUUCGAGCCCAACAAGUGGCUGAGUUUGUGUGAGAGUCUCAUAAAGAAACAGGAAAAUAACUGGAAAGUCUACGUCGAAGAACAGAAGGACAAAUAUAAAGAACGUUCAAAGGAAUUACACGAAAAGUUCACAAUGGAAUUUAAGGAAUUAAACGAAAAGUUCGUCAUGGAAUCUAAGGAAUUAAACGACAACUUCAAGGACGACGCCAAUAGAAUUACGAGUCUGUUUAAAGUACAAAAACUGAAAAAUGAAAAGAAAUUGAAGCAUCUGAAUGAAAUAUUAAAUGAGACCCGUCUAGUAUCACAUACUUUGCUUUCAAUGGAAACUCUAAAUAUCGACCAUGAAAAACUUCAAGACUCUCGCGACAACGUUCUAACAGCAGCCACUGAAAAUUUUACACAAGAAAUGCAGAAACAAUUAGAGGCGCUGCUGAACAUGCACAAGCUGUGUGUUCUGUUCACAAGGCAGGAAAUGAACAAGAUGUGUGACGAGAUGACUGAAACAAUCGAACACCCAGUUAUGCACGAACACCCAGUCAGGCACGAGCACCCAGGUGCUCAGUCACAGAACAGCAACAGUAACUGAACCAGUAGUGAACGAUGCCGGUCACUGUAUUGUAAUGUAACGUGAAGAGAAAGAUAAUGACUUUAACUUUAUUUAACUAGAAGUGUAAAGAAGUUGCUGUAUUAUGUAACA